AUGGAUAAGAUGCCAGAAAUAUCGUUUUCAGGAGGAGCUGGAUUACAAAUCGUGUUCAUAAUGAUAAAUUUGCUUCGUGAUUCUGUAAUCGUGAUUUUUUUAGUUUAUUCCAUCGGUUUGGCUGAGUCGCGGGCGGUAAAUAUCAGCAAUAUGUGGACAUUACCGCAAGAGGGAUUUCCUGUAUUUUACCGCUACUUUCGUGACAAAAUCUCCUGGUUAGAGGCGAAUGCUGUCUGUCAGUUUCAUCAUGCAAAUCUAGUCACAGUUGACAAUGGAAUGCAGUAUGAUUCGACGCGUGCCUUCCUUAAGGAGCUUGAUGUCACUAAUGCUGUGUGGAUUGGUCUGAAGCGACCGGAAGACUCAAAACAUUUUACUUGGACAAGCUUUAAGACUCUGGAUCCUUCAAGUGGUUACUGGGCAGAAACUAUUCCAGCAAUAGAACAACCAUUGUGCGCCGCAGUAGAUCCGAUACGUGAUUUCCGUUGGCAUGCUCUUCGAUGUGGUGGACCUGAAACAGCCUCAUUUCUCUGUGAACUUCCUGUUCCAACGUGGGCAGUGGACUGCACCGUCACUUCAAUACCAUCACUGACGGUUCAGUAUAUGUCUGACAAUGGGGCAUUGCAGCUUUCACGAGAUUGUGGAGAAUCUGGAACGAAACACAUCUCUUGCCAAGGCAAACAAGACCGAAAUAAUAUCAUCGAGCACUUGCAGUGCAACGAAGAAAAUAAUUUGGCAUCGGUAUUAGCCAUCGAUAACAGUGAUCAAAUUCUGCUAAUGCUUGGCGUGGAAAGCAUGACAACGGCCAGCUCAACAAGUCUUCCAGAACAACAGUCAAAUUUGGAACACAAAAUUUUUACAGUGGUGUCCAACAUUGAUCAGGAAAACAACAAGGAUAACGUUAAUCCGAAACAAAUCGAGAACACAGUUAAUGUGAUCAAUAAAUUUAAUUUGCAAGUUGUGAUGCAGAAUGACCAAGCUGCUCUACAUAGUGUUGAACUAAGUGAACAUAGUGUAGACAACGAGGAGAAGGUCCAAACCACAUCUGGCUACAUAAACAAAAAAUUACCAUUGUAUGGAGAGAAAAAUCGCUUCGCCACAAACAAAUCCACCAGAUCGAAUUGGAGCGAUAGUACCAAUGAGGAGAAAUAAGACGAUGAAAUGAUGGUGGGUGAUCCACAAAUGCAGGGAGAAACGGAAACCCAACCAAUUGAUGUCAUUCAGCAAGCGGUGAAACCAAUGGCGGACGGAGAGUAUCCAGAUACACUACUAGUGGGAUAUGAAAUGAAGACGAUGAAUAAUGAGAGAGUUUCGUUUCCUCACAGAGAUACCAGUGUGGUAUGGACAGACGAAAUAACUACGCCGGAUUCGAGGCCUCGCCGUGGAACAAACUCAAACAGAUAUGAAGAGACAACUAGAAAAACAACAAAACCAAUGCAUGAUAUCUCUAUGUAUGGCUUAAAAAAGGUUAUCAGUACAGCGAUAACCGGUCCAAAAAAGGUAUCGCCUUUAAUGACUGUGACCAAUAUAUCGCCAGUAAUAACUACAAAGUCAAAAACCUCUAGGCGCGUACUGCCAACCACAUCAAAAAUUGAAGUAAUUACCGGAGAUCACUUCAUACCGCCGAUGUUACUGGUAAAAGCACGCUUCAUAUCUACUCGAUCUCCUACAGAGUCGUCUGCAUCCACGAUGCUGCCUUAUGUAUCGUCUAGUUACAUACCAGCGGAGUCUACGAUCUCAAUAGUUAUAAAGGAGAUGGAUUACACUUCUGUAACACCCGACACUCAACAAGUAAAAGAUAUAAGUAAAUCUAGUACUUUCUUGUCUACUGUUAUUGUCAAAAUCGAAAUUCUGGAGGAAGGCAAGUCUAUAGUUAAAAUCCCGUACAUACACAAUGAGGCGAAAAUUGCUGAUAAACAUAAAAGUUUGCAAGACUCCAAUGAUUCUCAUACGUUCCAACAAGAUACAGAAUACGAGGAGCAAGAGUACACAGAAUUGCAUAACAGUUUUUCUAUCGUAGAAAAUUAUCAGCCCUACAAACCAAGCCGUCGCCGUGCCCUUACCAAACCAGAGGUACACAACAACAAUGAAGCGUACAUUAAAAAAAUAU